CCGGCGGCUGGCUGCGGAGCCCGCGGCGGCGGCGAGUGGCCAGCCGAGCGUGUGGAGGGCGCGCCGGUGGCUAUGCUGCCUCCGUGAGGCGCGCCGAGGAGGUCUCGGCGCCUGAGUCCUCGGGAAGCGCGGAGACGCCGCGGGGCCGGAGUGCGGGUGUCUUCGAGCGCCCGCCGGGCCAUGGUGGCUGUAGACCGGGCUUGCCGCGGCAGCACUGCGGCCCGGGGUCGAGCCAGGCCGGCGCAGUCGCGGUGCUAACGCCCGCGGGGCCCUGACGCGGACAUGAAGCGGAGUCGCUGCCGCGAGCGGCCGCAGCCGCCGCCCGCCCGCCGGGAGGAUGCGGCUCCGCGGGCGACCGAGUUGCCCCAGCCGCAGCCCUUGCCCCCGCGCCGGCGAGCGCCGCCCGGGAGGCAGCGACUGGAGGAGCGGAGCAGGCCCGCGGGGCCCGACGGCAGGGAGCAGGAUGUGGUUACUGGACUUAGUCCCCUGCUCUUCAGGAAGCUUAGUAAUCCUGACAUAUUUUCACCUACUGGAAAAACUAAACUCCAUCGACAACUUAGUCAGGAUGACUGUAAAUUACGGAGAGGAAGCCUGGCCAGUUCUCUGUCAGGUAAGCAGCUGCUCCCUUUGUCCAGCAGUGUACACAGCAGUGUGGGACAGGUAACUUGGCAGUCUACAGGAGAAGCGUCAAACCUGGUUCGAAUGAGAAAUCAAUCCCUUGGACAGUCUGCACCUUCCCUUACUGCUGGUUUGAAGGAAUUGAGCCUUCCAAGGAGAGGCAGCUUUUGCCGGACAAGUAACCGCAAGAGCUUGAUUGUAACCUCUAGCACAUCACCUACACUACCACGACCACACUCCCCACUCCAUGGCCACACAGGUAACAGUCCCUUGGACAGCCCCCGAAAUUUCUCUCCAAAUGCUCCUGCUCAUUUUUCCUUUCUUCCUGCCCGUAGCCAUGGCCACAGAGCAGACAGGACUGAUGGACGGCGCUGGUCUUUGGCCUCUCUGCCUUCUUCGGGAUAUGGAACCAAUACUCCUAGCUCCACUGUUUCAUCAUCAUGCUCCUCACAAGAAAAGCUUCACCAGUUGCCUUUCCAGCCUACAGCUGAUGAGCUGCACUUUCUGACAAAGCAUUUUAGCACAGAGAGUGUACCAGAUGAGGAGGGACGGCAGUCUCCAGCUAUGCGGCCCCGCUCCCGCAGCCUCAGUCCUGGGCGGUCCCCAGUUUCUUUCGACAGUGAAAUAAUAAUGAUGAAUCAUGUGUACAAAGAAAGAUUCCCCAAGGCCACUGCACAAAUGGAAGAGCGCCUAGCCGAAUUCAUUUCCUGUAACACUCCAGACAAUGUGUUGCCCUUGGCAGAUGGUGCCCUGAGCUUUAUUCACCAUCAGGUGAUUGAGAUGGCCCGAGACUGCCUGGAUAAAUCUCGGAGUGGCCUCAUUACAUCACACUAUUUCUACGAACUUCAAGAGAAUUUGGAAAAGCUUCUGCAAGAUGCUCACGAGCGCUCAGAGAGUUCAGAUGUAUCCUUUGUGAUACAGCUGGUAAAAAAGUUGAUGAUUGUCAUUGCCCGCCCAGCUCGUCUCCUGGAAUGCCUGGAAUUUGACCCUGAAGAAUUCUAUCACCUGUUAGAAGCAGCUGAGGGUCAUGCCAAAGAGGGACAUGGAAUUAAAUGUGACAUUCCCCGCUACAUUGUUAGCCAGCUGGGCCUCACACGGGAUCCCUUAGAGGAGAUGGCCCAGCUGAGCAGCUAUGACAGUCCUGAUACUCCAGAGACAGAUGAUUCAGUGGAGGGUCGUGGGGCAUCUCUGCCAAGCAAAAAAACCCCCUCUGAAGAGGACUUUGAAACCAUUAAGCUCAUCAGCAAUGGCGCCUAUGGGGCCGUCUUUCUGGUGCGGCACAAGUCCACUCGACAACGCUUUGCUAUGAAGAAGAUUAAUAAGCAGAACCUGAUCCUGCGGAACCAGAUCCAACAAGCAUUUGUGGAGCGCGACAUACUGACAUUCGCUGAAAACCCCUUUGUGGUCAGCAUGUUCUGCUCCUUUGAGACCAAGCGUCACUUAUGCAUGGUGAUGGAAUAUGUUGAAGGGGGAGACUGUGCCACUCUGCUAAAGAACAUUGGGGCCCUGCCUGUGGACAUGGUGCGCCUGUACUUUGCAGAAACUGUGCUGGCUUUGGAAUACUUACACAACUAUGGCAUUGUGCACCGGGACCUCAAGCCUGACAACCUUCUGAUUACAUCAAUGGGGCACAUCAAACUUACUGACUUUGGACUUUCUAAAAUUGGCCUCAUGAGUUUGACAACCAACUUGUAUGAGGGCCACAUUGAAAAGGAUGCCCGGGAGUUCCUAGACAAGCAGGUAUGCGGGACCCCGGAAUACAUAGCACCUGAGGUGAUCCUGCGUCAGGGCUAUGGGAAGCCAGUGGACUGGUGGGCCAUGGGCAUAAUCCUGUAUGAGUUCCUGGUGGGUUGCGUCCCUUUCUUUGGAGACACUCCGGAGGAGCUCUUUGGGCAAGUGAUCAGUGAUGAGAUUGUGUGGCCUGAAGGUGAUGAUGCACUACCCCCAGAUGCCCAAGACCUCACUUCCAAACUGCUUCACCAGAACCCACUAGAAAGACUGGGCACAAGUAGUGCCUGUGAAGUGAAGCAGCACCCAUUCUUCAUGGGUCUGGACUGGACAGGACUUCUUCGCCAAAAGGCUGAAUUUAUACCUCAGCUGGAGUCAGAGGAUGACACCAGCUAUUUUGACACCCGUUCAGAACGAUACCACCAUGUAGACUCUGAGGAUGAAGAGGAAGUGAGUGAGGAUGGCUGCCUUGAGAUCCGCCAGUUUUCUUCCUGCUCUCCAAGGUUCAGCAAGGUUUACAGUAGCAUGGAACGGCUUUCCCUGCUUGAGGAACGCCGGACACCACCCCCAACCAAGCGCAGCCUGAGUGAGGAGAAGGAAGAUCGCUCAGAUGGCUUGACAGGGCUGAAGGGCAGAGAUCGCAGCUGGGUGAUUGGUUCCCCCGAGAUAUUACGGAAGCGGUUGUCUGUGUCUGAGUCAUCCCACACAGAGAGUGAUUCAAGUCCUCCAAUGACAGUGCGACACCGGUGUUCAGGCCUCCCUGAUGUGCCUCGUUGCCCUGAGGAGACCAGUAGCACCCCUCGGAGGCAACAACAGGAGGGUAUAUGGGUCCUCCUACCCCCAUCUGGAGAGGGGUCAUCUGGGGCUGUCACUGAACGACCAUUGGAGAGGCAGCUGAAGCUGGAUGAGGAGCUUCCUGGCCAAAGCAGUGAGUCUUGUCCAGCCACAGAGGCACGAGGCCAUGGGACCCCACAGCUGGCUGAGGAAGCUGCAGCCAAAGCCAUCAGCGACCUAGCUGUGCGCAGGGCUCGUCACCGGCUGCUCUCUGGGGACUCUAUAGAGAAACGCACCACUCGCCCUGUCAACAAAGUAAUCAAGUCUGCUUCAGCUACAGCCCUUUCCCUCCUCAUUCCUUCAGAACAUCACACCUGCUCUCCACUGGCCAGCCCCAUGUCUCCGCAUUCCCAGUCAUCUAAUCCGUCUUCCAGGGACUCUUCUCCAAGCAGGGACUUCUUGCCAGCUCUUGGCAGCUUGAGGCCUCCCAUCGUCAUCCACCGAGCUGGCAAGAAGUAUGGCUUCACCCUGAGGGCCAUUCGUGUCUACAUGGGUGACUCAGAUGUCUACACUGUACACCACAUGGUGUGGCAUGUGGAGGAUGGCGGUCCAGCCAGCGAGGCAGGACUUCGUCAGGGUGACCUCAUCACCCAUGUCAAUGGUGAGCCUGUGCAUGGGCUGGUCCAUACGGAAGUAGUGGAGCUGAUCCUGAAGAGUGGAAACAAGGUAUCAAUUUCAACAACUCCCUUGGAGAAUACGUCUAUCAAAGUGGGGCCAGCUCGGAAAGGCAGCUACAAAGCCAAAAUGGCCCGAAGGAGCAAACGGAGCAGGGGCAAGGAUGGGCAAGAAAGAAAAAGAAGCUCCCUCUUCCGGAAGAUCACUAAGCAGGCCUCUUUGCUGCACACCAGCCGCAGCCUUUCUUCCCUUAACCGCUCCUUGUCAUCAGGAGAGAGUGGUCCAGGGUCUCCAACACACAGCCACAGCCUCUCUCCCCGUUCCCCUCCUCAGGGCUACCGGAUAGCCCCUGAUGCAGUGCACUCAGUGGGAGGGAAUUCAUCGCAGAGCAGCUCUCCCAGCUCCAGUGUACCCAGUUCCCCUGCUGGCUCUGGACAUACACGGCCCAGCUCCCUACAUGGUCUAGCACCCAAGCUCCAACGCCAAUACCGCUCUCCACGGCGCAAGUCAGCAGGCAGCAUCCCACUGUCACCACUGGCCCACACCCCUUCUCCACCAGCAGCAGCCGCUUCGCCUCAGCGUUCCCCAUCGCCUUUGUCUGGACACGGAGCCCAGGCCUUUCCUACCAAACUUCACUUGUCUCCUCCACUAGGUAGGCAGCUCUCUCGGCCCAAGAGUGCAGAGCCACCCCGCUCUCCACUGCUUAAAAGGGUGCAGUCUGCUGAAAAGCUGGCAGCUGCACUGGCAGCAUCUGAGAAAAAAUUAGCCCCUUCCCGCAAGCAUAGUCUUGACCUAACCCACGGCGAACUAAAGAAGGAACUGCCACCCAGGGAGGUCAGCCCUCUGGAGGUGGUUGGAACUAGAAGUGUGCUCUCCGGGAAAGGGCCACUUCCAGGAAAAGGGAUGCUGCAGCCUGCUCCUUCAAGGGCCCUUGGGACCCUCCGGCAGGAUCGAGCUGAACGCCGAGAGUCACUGCAAAAACAAGAAGCUAUCCGGGAAGUAGACUCCUCAGAAGAUGACUCUGAUGAGGAGCCUGAGAACAGCCAGGCCACACAAGAGCCAAGAUUGGCUCCCCAACCAGAAGCAGGCCAGAAUGUACCCCCUAAAGUUUCAGGAGAGGGUAGGGAAGAGGACACUUUCUUGCACAGGAAUCUAAAGAACGAAGGUCCUGUACUCUCAGGCCUAUUGACAGGGGUCAUACUAGGUUCCCCCCAAAUAGAAGUUCCUGGGCUCUCUCAGAGGAGGCUCUGGAGGCCACAAGCCUUUGAGGAAGCUACCAGUUCUUUAGAAGCCUCCAGCCUGAGUAGGUCUGGGCCCGCAAGCCCCACCUCCUCUGAAGGCUGCUGGAAAGCCCAGCACCUCCACACACAGGCACUAGCUGCACUUUGUCCCAGCUCUGCAGAACUUGCCUCUACUAGUUGCUCUGCCACCUCCACCUCUGGAAAGCCAGGACCAUGGUCCUGGAAAUUCCUUAUUGAAGGUCCAGACAGAGCAUCCCCAGAUAAGAAGAUAACAAGGAUAGGUGAGCCAGCUAACUCCCAAGAUUUGGAAACCACAGUUCCAACUCUUCCUAAGAACCUGUCUCCUAAGCAAGAGAAGUCACAGUCACUCGGUGUCCCUGGGCUGACCUAUCCACUUCAUGAGGUCCCCAGCCAAAACUGGCUAUGGGAGUCUAAAUGUGAACAAGUGGAGAAAGAGGAGCCAGUCCUGAGCAUUAUGGAAGUGCCUGAUGCCUCAGGCGACAGGAGGCAGGACAUUCCAUGCAGAACCUACCCCCUCAGCCCAGAAACUGGGCCCAGCCUGCUCUGGAAAAGCCAAGAACCUGGGGGCCAACAAAAGCAUCAGAACUUGGCACUGGCAUCAGAUGAACUUUUAAAGCCAACAUAGCAGUUGGGUUUGCUUUCCUUGCACUCACCUGUGUAAUACAUCCUCCUGAAAACUAUCCUGGCCUUUGUUUGCUUCUUUCUAUUGGUCAUUGUACACAGGACUCUAGGUCUGGGGCCUGUUGCUCCUGGGAUUAUAAUGAUUAAAUUUUUACUCUCGGGAAGAGAACCCAUUCCAGCUGCAUUUCUUGGAUCAUCUAGGAGCUGAGAGUAGGAAGUGACUCAGGAAAGAGUGGACAGAAUGUAGUACACACAAUAUACCUACUAUGUUCAAAGAACCCAAAACAACUCAAAGUGAAACAAGGUUUACCAUCCUUCUGCAUAGCCAGCCAUCAGUGUACAUGACAAUGAGCAGAGCAGGGCCAGCCU